GCAGCGACUGCACGCGCAGUAGGUGACCUCCCGGCAGGUGUUCGGCGGCUGCGGGUGACCUGUGGCGGCGAGGCCCCGGGCUGCCUGCGGGAACAGGCCGGGCGCCCCACGGCGCGCUGGUCUCAGGCCUUGGAGGGCUCGGCCGCCCUGCAAGCCUUCCUCCCAGGUGGACUUUGCAAAAGAAGUAAACCAAGAUUGCUGAUUCCUCUUUUCUUCUGAAUGCAUCUUGGACAGAAAAGGUAAUAAAUCAUUAGUCAAGAUGUCUUCCGCACCUGAAUCUCCCAGCUUUAAAAAGGAACUACCCAAAGAGAAAGACUUUCAAAACCCAGGGCUCAGAGGGGUCCGCACAACAACCUUAUUUCGGGCUGUGAAUCCAGAGCUCUUCAUUAAACCCAACAAACCUGUAAUGGCUUUUGGACUGAUAAGCCUUUCCCUUUGUGUGGCUUAUAUUGGUUAUCUACAUGCAACACAAGAGAAUACAAAGGAUCUCUAUGAAGCUAUCGAUAGUGACGGACACAGUUAUAUGAGGAGGAAAACAUCUAAAUGGGAUUAAUCGUUCUGGAUACUGCAGAUGGAGCUUUGUUACAGGCUCUCAAAUCUU